CAAACAACGACAUAUUUCAAGUUCCACAAAAACACUUGGAAUACUUAAGUACAUCCUAAACACCUAAAAUGAUCAUCUUUGAUCCAGUUCAGCAAACAAAUCAGGCUUCGAUUUAACGGAAUAGUUCAGUAAUGACGCAACGUCCAGGUCGCGUUCCUAUUGGCUGAAACGUUUGUUUAUUUUUACCCCGUUGACUAGUUUGGUUUCACUCACAACCUGUCAAACCUCUAAGACGGACCAGUGAGAGGAUAAAAACGCUCUUGUGUGCAUCCAAAAGUAAUGCAGGCAAACUGGAGGUCCAAUUACACACCUUAAGUGAAGGCACUAAAUUAUUGCUGUGUUCUGGGAGCACUGGUAUGGUUCAUCGUGUUGUUUGUUUGAGGAAAAUCCAAAAAUAUUUGAAAGAAAUUUGAAAGAUCCAGUACAAAUCCUUUAGUUUGCCGGACUCAUCAUCUUCACCUGCAUCUAGAAGUGCACAUUUCUCAAACAAACUCCAGGUCAUCCAGGUUGGCUAGAGUCUUGCCCGUGGCGCGAGACCCCACCACGCCCCGGUGGUGGCCCACGCUGAGUGUUGGCCUGCAAUGGCGCGGCGGGACACCGAUAGUUGCCGCCGUGGACUGUGAUGUCAAAGCCCAGCAGCCCGGGCGAGAGCCAACGUGGCGCUCCCAAAUUCUUCGUGGGCUGCGACGAGGAUGAGAGCGAGGGCUUGGACAGCUACGGCAGCAUGAGGACUGACAUGGAGCUGUACGAAGACGACCUGGAGGCAGACUCGCCUCCAGAGCGUCAGAUUGUGGUGGGGAUCUGCUGCAUGAUGAAGAAAUCCAAGUCUAAGCCCAUGACACAGAUACUAGAGCGUUUGUGCAAGUUUGAGUACAUCACUGUGGUCAUCUUUCCUGAGGACGUCAUACUCAACGAGCCGGUGGAGAAAUGGCCCCUCUGCGACUGCCUCAUCUCCUUUCACUCAAAAGGUUUCCCCUUGGAUAAGGCUGUGUGUUACGCCAAACUUCGUAAUCCUCUGCUGAUCAAUGACCUUAAUAUGCAGUACUACAUACAGGACAGGAGAGAGGUGUAUCGCAUCCUACAGGAAGAGGGAAUUGACCUACCACGCUACGCUGUUCUGAACAGAGACCCGGACAAACCUGAUGAGUGUAACCUGGUUGAAGGGGAGGACCACGUGGAGGUGAACGGUGAGAUCUUCCCCAAACCCUUUGUAGAGAAGCCAGUCUCAGCAGAAGAUCACAAUGUGUAUAUCUACUAUCCGACCUCAGCUGGUGGAGGCAGCCAGCGCCUCUUCAGGAAGAUCGGGAGCCGGAGCAGUGUCUAUUCCCCUGAGAGCAGCGUCAGAAAGACCGGCUCCUACAUCUAUGAAGAAUUCAUGCCUACAGAUGGAACGGAUGUGAAGGUGUAUACAGUAGGGCCUGAUUAUGCUCAUGCUGAGGCUCGCAAGUCUCCUGCCCUGGAUGGCAAAGUUGAACGAGACAGUGAAGGAAAAGAAGUACGCUAUCCUGUUAUGCUCACUGCUAUGGAAAAACUGGUGGCUCGCAAAGUGUGUCUGGCUUUCAAGCAAACAGUGUGUGGGUUUGACCUGCUCCGGGCCAACGGACACUCGUACGUGUGUGACGUCAACGGCUUCAGCUUUGUGAAGAAUUCUAUGAAAUAUUAUGACGAUUGUGCCAAGAUACUUGGGAACAUUGUGAUGAGGGAGCUGGCUCCCCAGUUCCAUAUUCCCUGGUCAAUUCCCACUGAGGCAGAGGACAUUCCCAUAGUCCCUACCACAUCCGGCACCAUGAUGGAGCUGCGUUGCGUGAUCGCGGUGAUCCGCCAUGGAGACCGAACACCAAAACAGAAGAUGAAAAUGGAAGUCAGAAAUCCCAUGUUUUUUGAGCUGUUUGAAAAGUAUGGUGGUUACAAAACCGGCAAGCUAAAGCUUAAGAAACCCAAACAGCUGCAGGAAGUGCUGGACAUCAGCAGGCUGUUGCUAUCAGAUCUGGGGCAGCACAGUGACUGUGAGAUCGAGGAGAAGAAGUCAAAACUGGAGCAGCUUAAGACUGUUCUGGAAAUGUAUGGCCAUUUCUCUGGGAUAAACAGGAAAGUGCAGCUGACUUACCUUCCCCAUGGACAGCCCAAGACUUCCAGUGAGGAGGAAGCAGACACGCGGAAUGAAGGUUCGUCCUUGCUGCUGGUGUUAAAGUGGGGAGGGGAGUUAACUCCAGCGGGACGCGUACAGGCAGAGGAGCUGGGUCGAGCCUUCCGCUGCAUGUACCCUGGGGGACAAGGGGAUUAUGCUGGCUUUCCUGGCUGCGGCCUACUUCGACUCCACAGCACCUACCGCCAUGAUCUGAAGAUCUAUGCCUCAGAUGAAGGCAGGGUUCAGAUGACUGCAGCUGCCUUUGCUAAGGGGUUGUUGGCGCUGGAAGGAGAGCUGACACCAAUUUUGGUACAGAUGGUGAAGAGUGCUAACAUGAAUGGCCUGCUGGAUAAUGACCUAGACUCACUGAGCAGCUGUCAGCAACGUGUCAAAGCCAGGCUUCACGAGAUCAUGCAAAAAGAUGAAGACUUCACUGAAGAAGAUUUUGACCAGCUGGUUCCAACUGGAAGCCCCUCAAUGGUGAAUUCAAUGAAAUCUGUUGAAAAUCCAGUGACAACAUGCAACAAAGUCUACAGCCUCAUCCAGAGCCUCAUUUCCCAAAUCCAAAAAAAACUUGAAGAUCCCAAAUCUGCAGAUCUGCAGUUGUACCACAGCGAGACUUUGGAAAUGAUGCUGCAGCGCUGGUCUAAACUGGAGAGGGACUUCUUCAUGAAGAGUGGACGCUACGACAUCAGCAAGAUCCCAGAUAUCUAUGACUGUGUGAAGUAUGAUGUUCAGCACAACAGUUCCCUGGGCCUUCAGGAUACCGUGGAACUGUUCAGCCUGUCACGAGCGCUGGCAGAUCUUGUCAUACCACAGGAAUAUGGCAUUAACAAGUUAGAGAAGUUGGAGAUAGCAUAUGGCUACUGUCUGCCUCUGAUCAAGAAGAUCCGGCUGGACCUUCAGAGGACUCACGAGGACGAGUCUGUCAACAAGCUCCAUCCGCUGUAUUCCCGUGGUGUGUUGUCACCAGGCAGGCGUGUACGAACACGACUGUAUUUUACCAGUGAGAGUCACGUCCAUUCGCUGCUUACCAUUUUCCGCUACGGAGGCCUUCUGGAUGAAGACAAUGACCAGCAGUGGAAAAGGGCCAUGGACUAUCUAAGUGCUGUGCCUGAGCUCAACUAUAUGACCCAGAUUGUUAUCAUGCUGUAUGAGGACAACAACAAGGACCCCACCUCAGAAGAGCGCUUUCAUGUUGAGCUGCAUUUCAGCCCUGGGGUUAAAGUGUGUGAAGAGGAGAACACACCGAUGGGCUUUGGCUUCCGUCCUGCUUCUUCUGAGAAUGACCAAAAGCAGACAGAUCCUGGAAGUUUAGAGAACCUUGUGCGGGAUGAACCAGAUCGAGCAUUACCUCUGUCUGAAUCUGUAGGCAUUCAGCGUCGAUCACCACUGAUUCAAAACCGCAAGACUAGCUCCAUGGAGGUCCUCUCAGAGAGUUCAUCCUGUAAAGCAGCUAACUAUCGCCUUUUCCCCUCAUGCUCACGCCAGUCUCCAGAGAUGAAGCAGAGUGGAUUAGGCUCUCAGUGUGCAGGCCUCUUCAGCACCACUGUUCUUGGGGGGUCUUCUAGUGCCCCCAAUCUGCAGGAUUAUGCCCGCACACAUCGCAAAAAAAUCUCCUCUGGCAGUUUGACCUAUAAAGAUGAGUUGUUGUCUAUGCCGGCAGUAAAGCGAUUUUCUGUGUCGUUUGCAAAGCAUCCGACUAAUGAGCUGCUGGAGGGACAGCAGGUAGCCCAGCUGCUCCGGCGCUUCUCCACAGACCCAAAUAUCCUCCACUCGCUCUUUCUGGACAGCACACUGGCCCACCACCUCCACCAGUGCUACUACCACCUGCGCCUCUUCCGAAACUGGCUAAUCUCCGGCCAAGACCCCUUAGAGUACCUAUACGGAUUUGAAGGCUGCUCCAUGGUGCCCUCUAUCUACCCACUAGAGACGCUGCACAACUCGCUCUCACUCAAACAGGUGGACGGGUUCCUGACAGCAGUGUGUGAGAACGCAGGAGAUUCACACACCAGAACCACUAGAGCUCUCUCAGCUAUGUUUGACUCACAGAACCAGCCCUCGGUGGACUCGUAUAUUCCCCAGAGAGUGCUGUCCUCCUCUGCAUCUCUACGCCAACGCUCUGAGCGUCCUCCCUGGUACAGCAGCGGUCCUUCCAGCACGGUGUCCAGCGCAGGUCCCUCGUCCCCCAACACAGCAGACACUUCUCCUCGUUUCAGCUUCAGUGAGAAAGCAGCUCUUACCCCGCAGAGCAGUGAGGAGAUUCACUCGUCCUCCCAUGUUGCCAGCCAGCCUGCUCCUCCGCACUCCUGUCUUCCUGAAAGCCCUCCUUCUGACCCACGCUCUGUCAAUGACCCCCAACCCCAAAGUCCAGACAGACCUAGUGACCUAAUAAUGGACAGCACAUCAUCUUCAGACUCCCCACUUCCAGAGUGCGAACAGGUUGCUGAGGCUUAUAGUAUCACUGAAGCCAAAACAGACCCCAGUCCUCUCUGUUCUCCUCAAGUUGACCUCAGCAUGGCCAUGGAGUCCUUCUCUACCCUGCCUGAAUCUGUGACCAUGUCUGUACCAGGUUCUUUGCCCGUGCUCUUGGAGCUGCGUGAGAGCAGUUCAGAGGCUGGUUCCAGUACACAGACACCCCUGAGCCCUGACGAGCCUGAAGAAUUCUUCAACGCCCAGGAGACAGUGGAGGUGGAUGUGUGGAGGAACGGCACACAGAGUCUCUCUCACCCCGGCACUCCGUUAGAGGUCGGCGCUCCACAUGCCUCUGAGUCCUGAGGACGACCGGCCUCUCCACACACAGCUUGCAUGCUAAUCCAUGCUUAUCCUUUAUGGUGCCUGGGUGACUUCAUGUUAAGUGCUGUACACCUGCUGAAGGUCCUGGAGGUAAAACGGCUUCCUGCUCAGACAUUGUGGAAUUAGAGGCUUGCGUUGCCUCCUUUAGCCUUCUACUGAAAUCCUGCAUGUCAUUCGUUUCAGCGUGAAGCCGUAUUGCUCCUUUUAGAAUUAACCGUACCACAGAUUUCCCCGUCAGCUUGGUGUCACAUUGAGAACUUGUUUGUGAACCUGCCUGUGGCUUCCUGUUAAUGUGGCUAUACGUGCAAUAGAAACAGACAGCGACCAGGUGAUCAACACUUUAAGGUGCACUGAAUCCACGCUGUUUGUAUUUUUUUGAGCAUCUUGCCAUUUCAUACAGUAAACACUCCUCAUUUUUCUAUUGGAUAUUGUUCCCAUAUUACAUCAGCAGCCAGUACUUUAUUGAUUAAUCUGUAUUUAUACAGUUGGCUGCUAUUUCCAUACAUUUCACAGGCAAAUUUACUUAUCUUACAGUACUUAUAUAAUACAAAGUGUGGACAAGGACAGGAGAUUGAUGUUGUAGCCUACUGAUGAUCUUUUAUUUAUUUAAUCUGCCAAAGCUUUCAACACGACAGUCAUAACUUAUUAAAUUGCAAGGAGCUACAUAUCUGUGUACGAUACAUUAUACUAUAUUUAUCAGCUAAUGCAAAGCAUAUUUUUAAUAUAGAAACUUAACAAAUGAAUAAAUUGUCUCAUCUUUUAUCGAUUUUUAUAUUUUUCUAAAAACAUACAGUACCACAGUUUGGAUUAAGGGGUAAGUUCUUAUCACAGCGAAAUUCAGGUUCAUUUCCCUCUAGCUUUGUAGCUGUCAGCUCUUAAGGAAAAAUAAAAAACAAACAAACAAAACGCUCAUUUUCUACCAUAGACGCCUGUGCCUGCUUAACUCAGCUGACGUUUCUGACAUUUUAUUUUGUUAUAUUUACUGUACAGUACAGAGCUUACCAAUGAAACAAUAUUAUUUAAUGUCACCCAGUUAAUAUGCUGCUGCUCACAAGUUUGCACUGUAAACUGUUAGAUCGACAAAAGCGGACGAGUAAUCGACGUAAAAGGAGGACGAGCGAUCGAGUGCGUUUUUUUUUGUUGACUGUAGAUGGUGCACAUGAAUGGUGUGUGUAGAGUUAAAUGUCUGACUAGAGCUUUUCUACUUUGACUGACCUGUAUGUUUGUCUAAUACUACUAUUACUAUUACACAAUAGUAUACACUAUCAGCUGGGGGGAAAAAAACUUUAUUUGCUCUUUUGACAUUUCAUUGUAAUUUUCACAGAGAUUAUGUAUUAUAAAGAUUAUUUAGAAGAUUAUUUUGAGUUAAUUACUGACACAUUAAACCAUUUUAAUUACAUUGUGUUGUAAUUUAGGUGUAGUGCUGCUGGUGCUGUUUGCAGUCAGUGUAGUCUUUAUAAAAAAAAGUGGCAUUUUCAGUGUUCUAGUACAUGUCCUUAAAACGAUCUGAAUAAAAGUUGAUGUAUGCUG